AUGGCAGCGUUUAGCCACCGCCUCCGUAGUUUGUCGCGCCGCUUCUCCUCCACACGGAGCACUCAACGAAGCGGCGGAGUUACAAAAGUACCCACACUCUACACAAGCCCAGAGAUCGAAUCGGACUCCGUCACCCUCCAGCUCCACUCAUGGGGACGAGGCGCUUCAGGUCAGCUCGGCGGCGGAAUCGAAGAAAUACGAAUGUAUCCGUCUCCGGUCGCCAACCUUCUCCUUCGCUCAGAUCAAUCCUUAUCUCUCGCCCAAACGCCUGGAAGACUAGACGCCGAUUCACCGACAAACGGAUCGAAUUUCCGGGUCGGAAUCUCUUGCGGGUUGUUCCACUCGGGUUUAACUAUCGACGGAGAUCUAUGGAUUUGGGGGAAAGGAGACGGAGGAAGGCUAGGAUUUGGUCAAGAGAAUUCAGUCUUCGUCCCAAACUUAAAUCCGCUUUUCGAGGAGCACUCGAUUCGCUGCGUCGCUCUCGGUGGCUUACAUUCCGUUGCUCUAACCCAUAAAGGAGAUGUCUUCACUUGGGGUUAUGGAGGGUUUGGUGCGCUUGGACAUUCGGUUUACACCAGAGAACUCGUCCCUCGACGUGUUGAAGGCUCUUGGGACUGCAAAAUCUCUGCCAUUGCAACUAGCGGAACUCAUACCGCUGCUAUUACUGAAUCAGGAGAGUUGUAUAUGUGGGGUAGAGAGGAAGGAGACGGCAGACUAGGACUCGGGCCAGGCCGAGGACCGAACGAAGGUGGUGGGCUCAGUGUGCCUUCAAAGGUCAAAUCUUUAACGGUUCCUGUAGCGUCUGUCUCAUGUGGUGGUUUCUUCACAAUGGCGCUUACACAAGAAGGACAACUUUGGAACUGGGGAGCAAAUUCAAAUUAUGAGCUCGGACGUGGUGAUAACUUGGGAGGUUGGAAACCAAUGCCGGUUCCGAGUCUAGAAAGCGUUCGUAUCACUCAGAUUGCGUGCGGUGGAUAUCACUCUCUCGCCUUAACCGAGGAAGGUAAAGUACUCUCUUGGGGCCACGGUGGUCACGGCCAAUUGGGUAGUUCUUCGCUGCGGAACCAGAAAAUUCCUACAGAAAUCAAAGCAUUAGCAGACAAAAAGAUCGUCUUCAUCGCUUCUGGAGGUUCCUCUUGUGCAGCAAUAACAGAUGAAGGUAAACUCUGGAUGUGGGGAAACGCUAAAGAUUUCCAGCUCGGAGUUCCAGGACUCCCGGAGAUCCAAACUUCUCCGGUGGAAGUCAACUUCUUAACCGAAGAAGAUGAACUUAAACCGCACAAGGUUAUCUCAGUCUCCAUUGGUGCUUCUCAUGCUCUUUGUUUAGUCUCAAGAUCACAUUGA